AUGGCGGAGGCCACAAAACUCAGCGACGCGCCAAAGAGCGCUGUCGCCGCAACAUUAGAGCAGCUCAGGCCGCAAGAGGCUGAGUCAAAGACACUCAAGAUUGAGAACACCGAAAAGCGCGACACAUUGAUCGCCGAGGAGAAAAAGUACCAGAAGUCAUGGGAAGAGCAGGGAGUCUUCAACCCCGACGCCCCAUCUCUCGAAGAUGAACCCUUUGACACCACCACACCGGAUGAACUUCACGAGAAGUACCCCAAAUGGUUCGGUUGCUUUGCAUACCCAUACAUGAACGGCACGCUUCACGCCGGUCAUGGUUUCACCGCUAGUAAAGUCGAGUUCACCGCUGGUUUCAGAAGGAUGACUGGCGCGCGUGCUCUCUUCCCAUUAGGUUACCAUGUGACUGGUAUGCCCAUCAAGGCAUGUGCAGACAAGCUGGUCCGCGAGGUUGAGAUGUUCGGACAGAACUUCGAACGCUGCCCCGUCGAAGAUGUUGUCGAGACUUCAGUAUCAGAGCCGCCAGCGCCAACACAGGCCGAGACUAAGACCGACAUCACCAAGUUCAAGGCUACGAAAGGCAAGGCCAACGCCAAGACCGUCAAGACAAAGUACCAGUUCCAAAUCAUGCUCGCCCAAGGCAUUCCCCUUGAGGAGAUUCACAAGUUCUCUGAUCCUUACCACUGGAUCGAGUUCUUCCCUCCACUAGCCAAGAAGGACCUCACAGCAUUCGGAGCCAGGAUAGACUGGAGACGUCAGUUCGUCACCACCGAUGCGAACCCGUACUACGACAACUUCGUUGCUUGGCAGAUGCGCAAGCUGAAAGCCCUGGGAAAGAUCAUCUUCGCAAAGCGUUACACUGUCUACAGCCCGAAGGAUGGCCAAGCAUGCAUGGACCACGACAGGCAGUCCGGAGAAGGUGUUACCGUCCAGGAAUACACCGCGCUGAAGAUGAAGGUUGUGAAGUGGGCAGAUUCCGCAAAGGCUCAUGCUGGUGCCGUCCCCGAAGGCGCUUCUUGCUACUUCGUGCCAGCCACGCUCCGCCCAGAAACCAUGUACGGUCAGACCUCAUGUUUCGUAGGACCUGCGAUCAACUACUCCCUAGUCAAGAUCACCGAUACCGAAUACUACAUCCUCAGCGAGAGAGCCGCAAGGAACAUGGCAUACCAAGGCACCACUGCCAAGUGGGGCGAGUACUCCAUCGUUGCUACCUUCCCCGGUAAGGAUGUUGUCGGCACAGUCGUCAACGCUCCUCUCUCUGUUCACAAGGAUGUCUACAUCCUUCCUAUGGAGACCGUCAAGGACACCAAGGGUACGGCUGUCGUCACAUGUGUUCCAUCAGACUCACCAGAUGACUACAUCACUUCAUUUGAUCUUGCCAAGAAGGCCGAGUACUACGGUAUCCAGAAGGAAUGGGUCAAGUUCGACGAUCUCUUGCCUAUCAUUGAAACUCCCUCAUACGGUAACCUCACAGCGAAACGCCUCGUAGAGGAGAUGAAGAUCCAGUCACCCAAGGACUCCGCAAAGCUUGCCGAUGCUAAGGAGAAGGCUUACAAGGAGGGAUUCUACAAGGGCAAGAUGGUACACGGCGACUUUAGCGGAAAGACUGUCGAAGAAGCGAAGCCGCUCGUUCGCAAGCAGCUCAUCGAGGCCGGUGACGCCUUCCCGUACGCUGAACCCGACGGCAAGGUCAUGAGCCGAAGUGGUGACGACUGUGUUGCAGCUCUUCUCGACCAAUGGUACAUGAACUACGGUACUGCAGCGAAUGGCGGAGACGGCGAAUGGGCCGAGAAGGUCCGCUCACACAUCGAGGGCGAACUGAACCUCUACUACCCUGAGGCGAAGAACCAAUUCCUCCGAGUUGUCGACUGGCUCAGCAUCUGGGCGUGUGCUCGCUCCUAUGGUCUCGGCACCAAGGUACCCUGGGAUCCAAGUGUGAUGGUUGAGAGUUUGUCAGACAGCACAAUCUACCAGGCCUACUACUCUUUCGCUCAUCUUCUGCACAAGGACAUGUUUGGAAAGGAGCCCGGUCCUCUCGGCGUCAAGCCCGAUCAGCUCACUGACGAAGCUUGGGAUUACGUUUUUGCUCUUCGCGACCGAUCCGAUGUUCCGCAAUCCGACAUCCCCACAAAGACCCUACAAACUAUGCGACGACACUUCGACUACUGGUACCCGCUCGACAUGCGCACCAGUGGUAAGGAUCUAAUUCAGAACCAUCUGACCUUUAACCUCUACGUACAUACCUCUAUUUUCCCUAAGGAGAACUGGCCCCGCAGCUUCCGUGUGAACGGUCACUUGCUACUCAACGGCGACAAGAUGAGCAAGUCUACCGGUAACUUCCUGACCAUCGCUGGUGCUGUCGAGAAGUUUGGUGCCGACGCCACACGUAUUGCCCUUGCCGACGCAGGAGACGAGAUCACAGACGCCAACUUCGAAGAGACGGUCGCGAACGCCAACAUCCUGAAGUUGUUCGAGCUCCGCAAAUGGUGCGAGGACUUGAUGAACGAGGCCAUCUACGUUCCCGAUGCGGCAGCAUACAUGGAGAAGAGGACGUCGGGAUCGGUCAAGAACCCAGACGUCAUCCAGCGACAGAGCGGCAGCGAACAUCUCCUUUUCGACAAGAUGUUCGAUAACGAGAUGAACGUUUUGAUCCACGAGGCUUUCGGACACUACUCCAACACCUUCUACAAGCUCGCCCUCAAGUCGGGAUUCUACGACUUCACCAGCGCGCGCGACUUCUACCGUGAGGCUACCAAGGCAGCAGGCAUCGGCAUGCACCAAGACCUCGUCAAGAAGUUCGUCGAGCUCCAAGCCCUCCUCCUCACCCCCAUCGCACCUCACUGGUCAGAAUACAUCUGGCUCGAGGUACUUAAGAACAAGGAAACCGUCCAGAAAGCCCUGUGGCCCAAGGUUCCCGAGCCCAACGCUUCGCUCACAGCCGCCCGAGAGUUCGUCCGCCAAACACAGACGAACAUCACAUCAGCAGAGGGCAACGCCAUCAAGAAGCUAUCCAAGGGCAAAGCAGCCACGUUCGACCCCAAGAAAGAGAAGAAGAUCAUCAUCUUCUCCGCGAAGGAAUGGCCCGCUUGGCAGAAAAAGUACAUCGACAUGGUCCGCGACGCCGACACCCUCGACAUCAAAGCCAUCAGCAAAUCCAUCGACAAGUCCGAGUCCAAGAAAGCCAUGCCCUUCAUCAACGGUCUCAAGCGCCGUCUCGAUAACGGCGAGCCCAAGGAUGUCGUCCUUAACCGCGAACUCGCGUUCGAUGAGCUGGACACGCUGCGCGCUAUGGUGCCUGGAUUGAAGCAGACUGUUCAGAAGUGUGUUGAUGUGGAGAUUGUCACCGUUGGUGAAGGUGGCAAGGAUGGUACUGUGAUCAAGGAAGAUGGUAGCAAGGGCGAGACUCGGUCGGAGCUUCCACCGCAGGCUGCUACUGCUGAGCCGGGGUACCCGAGCUUUGCUUUUGAGAAUGUCGAGAAUAUGCCUGUGCGGUAG